GAAGAUUCCCUGGAUGAAGAGAACGUAGAUUCAGACACUGAAAGUCAAGCCGAACUGCAUCCAAAGCGAUGCAACCCCAUGAGGCAAAUUUACUCUUCUCGGCAUCAAAGAAAGUCCCGUCGAAUCCGAGAAAAUAAAACUUCCUCCUUUGCACUACUUGCCGGCAAUAGAAUGGAAGAACAAGCAUGGAUAGCUUGUCGAGCUUCUAGCCAGAUUUUCGAUGCACACACAGUUGAUGACUCAAAAUCCAGUUUGACUUCGUUUGGCCAGGAAAGGAGGGAAACUUCUUUAUAUGCUGAAGUAGAUAAGUGUAUGGGAGAUGAUAAGGAAGUCAAAAAUGAAGAAAAUAGCCAGAGUGCUGAGACAAGUACUCAGCUUGAAGGCAGCUUUAGUAGCAGGAAAAGCAGUCUAGGAAGCAGACGUAGUCAAGACAGUCAUAGUAACCUAAGCGCUAAUAGCCAGGGCAAAUAUCGGCAAAGUGGCACAGCGAAGCCGACAAAGGCCUCCAAUAUCCGCAACAAUAAGUCGUCGUACGAGGCAUAUGAUGCAAGCGGCGCUGAAGCUGCCCUCAUGAGAAGAGACGUAUGGAUCAAGCGAAUGAGCAAACAGACGGAAAUCUUGCGUAGGCGUCGGCGAAAGGUCGACAGAAAGAGAUCAAAGGGCAUGAUAGGUGAAGGGAAAGCAAAUAAUAAGUUUAUCAUUACAUUUUUUUCAUGCUUAACCUCACACUUAUUUUCGAUAUAA